AUGUUCAUUCAUGCGUCUAGCGUUGGAGACGUGAAGAUGCAUCAUGUCCAAGGACAGUCAAAUGUGAUCUUGGUGGAUUCAGUGGUCAACAGCGGCAAGAGCGUGAUUGAGUUCAUCAAGCGCGUUGUGCGUCUCGAGCCCAACAUCCACAUUACAGUCGUGGCGGGCGUAGUUCAGGCUGAGGCGAUCGCCGAGGACCAUCUGGUCGCCAAGGUGAUGAGACGACACGGCGCUGGAUUGGUUGCGCUUCGAGUUUCGGAGAACAAAUUCACAGGAACUGAGACGACUGACACUGGGAAUCGGCUCUUCAACACGACUCACUUGGAUUAG